GCGCAUGCGUGUCAGGCCUUACGGCCCAAAGGCGUUGGUGGCUGGUGUCCGUCCGAAGAUGCCGUUUACUCCGGCAGCAUCAGUACCAGCUCUGCCCUGCUAACCGACGGCAGCGCGUGGACACAGGGGAACCGCACGCGGCUGGAGCAGCGCCCGCGCGCCUCGACGGCAGGAUGGGAGACCAGAAGGAGUCUCUGCGGAAGAUCACCCACACGCUGGCCGUGAAGAACGAGGAGAUCUCAAACUUCAUCUGUUCCCUCAAACAAAGCCUGGACAACUUGGAGACCAACUCCAACCGAGUGCAGGAGGACUUGGAGUCUGAGUUCAGCUGCCUUCACGCCGUUCUGGAUGAGAUGAAGGAGAGCAUGCUGACCCGCAUCAAGCAGGAGAGAGCCAGCCGCACAUACGAGCUGCAGAGUCAGCUGAGCGCCUGCACCAAGGCCCUGGAGAGCUCAGAGGAGCUGCUGGAGCUGGCCAACCAAACGCUGUGCUCGUCUCAAACGGAUGGCUUCUCUCAGGCGGCCAAAGACAUUAAGGAUAGCGUGACGAUGGCGCCGGCCUUUCGCCUCUCUCUGAAGACCAAAGCCAGCGACAACAUGAGUCACUUGAUGGUGGAUUUCAGCCAGGAGAGGGAGUUGUUGCAGGCUCUUAAGUUUCUUCCAGUUCCAGCAACUCCAGAAAUUCAGGUAUCAGAGUGCCAGGUGUGUGAUAACACCGUGACUGUGUCCUGGACCAUACCAGAGCCGGACAGCAAAAUAGACCACUACAUACUGGAAUAUCGACGCACCAAUCACGAGGGGCCGCCGCGCGUCAGGGAAGACUACCCCUGGAUGGUGGUGGAAGGGAUACGGCAGAUGGAGCACACAGUCACAGGUCUGCGUUUCGACACCCGAUACAUGACGUUUAGAGUGAGAGCGUGUAACAAAGCUGUGGCUGGAGACUUCUCUGAGCCUGUUACACUGGAAACUCAUGCUUUCAAUUUCAAACUGGACUCUGGCUCAGCCCACCAGAACCUGAAGGUGGAGGACCUGAGUGUGGAGUGGGACAGCUGUGGAGGGAAGGUGCAAGACAUUCGCAAAGAGAAAAACCGCACCAACUCACCAAUGCACUCCCCCGCCAGGUCAGCUCUGAUGUCACCUAAAAGAGCACCAACAGCGCGGCCUGGCAGAGACCGCUUUACGGCAGAGUCCUACACAGUGUUGGCUGACACCAUGAUCGAUGCAGGCCAGCAGUACUGGGAAGUGCGGUUUGACAAGGAGAGCAAGGCUUUUGCCGUGGGGGUUGCACUGCGGAGCCUGGGCCGGUUCGACCAGCUGGGGAAAAGCAGCGCUUCGUGGUGCAUCCAUCUAAACAACUGGCUGCAGCAGAGCCUCACAGCAAAACACAACAACAAGGCUCGAACACUUGACUGUUCCAUCCCAGGCAGCAUAGGAGUCUACGUGAAUUAUGAGGAAGGCAUACUGUCCUUUUAUAAUGCCAAAACCAAGCAACUCAUGCACACCUUCAAAACCAAGUUCCAGCAGCCAGUCAUCCCAGCUUUCAUGGUCUGGAACGGAAGCUUCUCUGUGGUGACGGGGCUGCAGGUUCCCACCGUGGUGCAGAGCGGACAGAGGAAGAACAGCGGCACCAGCAGCUCCAACGCCAGUCUCACAUAAUCACGGCUGCAGAUCAUCCUCUGCACCCGCUGCAAUCCGAGCAGUCUAACGAAAGAAUUUCAUCACAGGAGGGCGAUAGUUACUGUAAAACACGGGCUUGUUCACUCUGUCCACCUCUGAAACUGGCUAUUGUGACUGCUUGAGGGUGCAUUAGGUUUAGUCUUCUUUUCAUUUUGCUGCACAUUAGGUCAGAACUGGCACACUGCUGCUAGAGCAACAAUUUAGCGCUGGCCGCUGCCUCCUCACCAAAACAGUCAGCCGCUGGUUCAGGGUCAUGAUCUGUCAUGUGCCUUCUUUGUCUUUUCCAAAAUGCCGGGUGAUCAGAGACAUCCUUUAAUGUCCUCCUUGUUUUAAAGCACAUAUUACGUCUGUGCCAGUAUGUCGUAGUGUGGCUGAAUCUUCCUCCAAUUAUGUCAUUUACCCAAAUAAUAUCCUGUAUCUCGCCUGUGAGACUAUGUGGGUCAAUUCAAGUAAUGAUUAUAUGAAAGGUGUCUUUGCCACAGCAUGCAAACCUUACAUUCACUGCAGUUCUGUUUGUGAGAAAGAAGUCCUUGAACCUCCUGCUGAGAGCUAGUGUUGAUUUGAAGUCUCCCUCCUUUCCAGAGUUUGGGAAUUCUCCUUCUUUAGCUUCUUUUAGUGAAGUAUUAGACGAUGCAGAUGUAGGUUGAGGGAUGUGGGGAUGACUACUGUAUGAACUCUUCACAGUUUUCACACAAAUGCUUGUAUGUGUUUAUAUCUGAAGCCACAUUCUUUUUGCAGCAGAGAUCAUGUCAAGUUGGGGGCUAGCUGCACUCCAGUUAUGUCCAUUAGCCUGUAGCUCCAGCUUACACAUCCCUAUUGAGGUUUUUUUUGCCAGGUUUGAAACACACUAUAGAAGCGGUAUUAUCAAAGAAAAAUGUUUGGAACUAAUGUUUGUUCACCUAGCCUCAGACUCCCUUUCUCUUGUCUACAUUAAUUCUGCUUGUCUGUACUUUGUAGUUGUACCCUGCAGUGCUUUAAGGAAGCAUUUACUUCUUAUUUUUGACAAAACAUCACAGUUUAUUGUAAAUACUUUAAGUUUUCCUAAAUAAUGUAUCAGUCAUUUAGGUAAUAAAGGAAUACGAGCAGUG